UGUCGACGGUGCUGCGGUGCAACUAGACUUGCUUUUUGCGGGUGUCACGCCUCGGCACAGAAGCAGGUACAAAACGUGCGCCAUGUCCUCGAUGUGGGAGUUAUUCGUGCUGAACCGAUUGAUAUCUCGUAUCUUUAAUAUUUUCGCCAAACCUACACUCUCGUUUGACACGAUCACAUACCAAUCUUAACCAUUCAAUAUGCGUUUCUCCACCAUCGCUGCGUUCGCGACUUCGCUCGCCGUCGUCUCUGCUCAGGCCCCUGACCUGUCGGCUGUCCCUGACUGCGCUGUUGCCUGUCUUGUCGCUGCCAUCCCCGGCUCAGGCUGCGGUGUCACCGACGUGACCUGCCAGUGCACCACCGGCCAGGCCGCCAUCACCAGCUCGCUCGAACAGUGCCUCCCAUCCCGCUGCUCGGCCGAUGAGGUUCCCCGUGUCGCUGCUGCGCUCGCUGGCGUCUGCUCCGCUGCCGGUGUCUCCGUCUCCGUCCCUGCUUCCCUCGCCACCUCAGCUGGCGCUUCUGCGACCGGCGCCGUAAGCUCUGCUUCCGCCGCUGCCAGCUCCGCGGUGUCCUCUGCUGCCUCUGCUGCCAGCUCCGCCGCCUCUUCGGCCGCGUCUGUUGCCUCCUCUGCCAGGUCUGCCGCCUCCUCGAUCAUCGCAUCGGCCACCUCGCGCGCUGCCUCCGCCACCUCGUCUGGCCCCGCCCAGAGCACCGGUGGUGCCGCUGCCAACGCUGUUGGCCUCGGUGCCGUUGCCCUCGGCAUGUUCGCCGCUCUCUUUUAAGUGUUGACGGAAUGGAGUAACGAUGGAUGAAGAAAGCACCGAGGAAUUCCAUGGCUGGCGCCUGGCCCGUGCUAAUGCGGAGGUGCUGCGUUGUACAAAUACAUACACAUACCAGACUGAAUACACCUUGUAAUACCCACC